AUGUUUCUCUCUUCGAUCCUUGCGGUUCUCAUUACCUCGCUGUCGGUAGUGGCUGCGUUGCCACCAACCGACGCAAGAGUUCCCAAUGAUGGAAACCUUCGCCUGAUCAAGACUUCAGAGGCUGAUCCGGGCACUUGGAUCACCGAGGAUAUGAAGAUCAGAAACUAUGUGGCGAAGAACAUCAAGUUCAUCGACAUCACUGAUAUCAAGAACGAGACUACUCUCCGCCGUCUUUCUACCGAGCCAUCGGAAGGUCUCUUUCGGGCUCAAGCAGUCACCUACCCUGCCCUCUCACAUAUGACCGAGGCCAACGCCCUGAUUGCGAAACUCUCUAAUACGGGGCCUAAGAGCUGGUUGACAACCCUGACCAACUUCUUCAACCGCUACUACCGCUCUACAUACGGUACACAAGCAGGUACCUGGCUUCUCACUCAAGUGAGGAGCCUCGCAUCGACCAACGCGGCAAUCACCGUGACGACCUUUACCCAUUCUUUCGCCCAGCCAUCGAUCAUUGUCACGGUUCCUGGGACAAGCACAAACCUGAUAAUCAUAGGUGCUCACUACGACUCGGUCGGAAGUACGACUGCAGGCCGCGCCCCCGGCGCAGACGACAACGGCUCUGGCGUCGUCGUCCUUAUGGAAGCACUCCGGGUCAUUGCCGCUUCCGGCUUCAAGCCCAAGAACACGAUCGAGUUCCAUUUCUACGGCGGGGAGGAGGGUGGACUUCUAGGCUCGCAAGCCAUCUUCUCCAGCUACGCCUCGGCUGGAAAGACCGUCUUGGGUUUCGUGUGCCAAGACAUGGCUGGGUACUCUCCCUCCGGACGAGUCAGCGUCUACAGCGACUACAGCGACGCCUCUCUCGUGGCCUACGUCCGCAGGAUUGUCACGCAGUACACGGGUCUGGCUUCCACCACCGACACCUGCGGCUACGGAUGCUCCGACCACGCUUCGGGAUACAGCAAUGGAUUCCCCUCCUCAUACGUCUGCGAUGAGGCCAUGGACACGGGUUCCCCCUACAUCCAUUCUGCCAGCGACACCUACGCGACAAUCAUGUGGGAUGCGAUCUUGAGACAUUCAAAGUUUACGGUUGGGUACUUGAUCGAGGCGUCUUACAUCUAA